GUUCCGCCCGGCUGCCCCGCCUGGGAGUGGGGUGGGGGCAGGCGAAGGGGAGGGCUGCGGGUGGAAAGGGGCGAGCCCCUCUGGCCCCGGACUGGGAAGAGCGGCCGCGGCGCCGGGCGAGGCGGCAGGGCGAGGCAGUGCCAUGCUGCCUUUGUGCAAAGUUGGGCGGCGGGCGGCGCGCCCCGCGCAGGGGCCCCGCACACCCGCGACCGCGCGCAGCCGUGGCUGCUGCUGAGUGGCCGGGGCCCCCCUUCCCGCUCCCCCCGGCCCUUGAAGGCGGAGAGAGCUCGCGUCUCGCUCGGCUUCAGGGUAAGUCCAGCAGUGAGCAGAGUGUUCAGUUCUUCACUUCCAGCAAGCCAGAGUUUUAUAAAUGGACGCUGACAUGGACUACGAAAGACCCAACGUUGAAACCAUCAAGUGUGUGGUCGUGGGUGACAACGCCGUGGGGAAGACACGCUUGAUCUGUGCCAGAGCGUGCAACACCACACUCACUCAGUAUCAGCUGCUGGCCACCCACGUGCCAACUGUGUGGGCGAUUGACCAGUACCGCGUGUGCCAGGAGGUCUUGGAGCGUUCUCGGGAUGUUGUUGAUGAAGUGAGUGUUUCUCUCAGGCUUUGGGAUACUUUUGGCGAUCAUCACAAAGACAGACGCUUUGCAUAUGGCAGGUCCGAUGUUGUGGUCCUCUGUUUUUCGAUUGCUAAUCCCAAUUCCCUAAAUCAUGUGAAAACCAUGUGGUAUCCAGAAAUCAAGCACUUUUGCCCUCGCACACCCGUUGUCCUCGUUGGGUGCCAGCUCGAUCUCCGCUAUGCUGACCUGGAAGCUGUUAAUCGAGCUAGGCGCCCGUUAGCAAGGCCCAUAAAGAGAGGGGAUAUUUUGCCCCCAGAAAAAGGCCGAGAGGUAGCAAAGGAACUUGGCAUACCAUACUAUGAAACAAGCGUGUUUGACCAGUUUGGGAUCAAGGAUGUGUUUGACAAUGCAAUCCGAGCAGCGCUGAUUUCCCGCAGGCACCUGCAGUUCUGGAAAUCCCACUUAAAGAAAGUCCAGAAACCUUUACUUCAGGCACCCUUCCUACCUCCAAAAGCCCCUCCACCAGUCAUCAAAAUUCCAGAGUGUCCUUCCACGGGGACAAAUGAAGCUGCCUGUUUACUGGACAAUCCUCUGUGUGCCGAUGUUCUGUUCAUCCUUCAGGACCAGGAGCACAUCUUUGCACAUCGAAUUUACCUUGCUACCUCUUCUUCCAAAUUUUAUGAUCUGUUUUUAAUGGAAUGUGAAGAAUCCCCGGGUUCAAGUGAAGGAGAUUGUGAGAAAGAGAAGCAGAGCAGAGAUUUCCAGGGGCAGAUUUUGAGUGUUGACCCAGAGGAGGAAAGGGAGGAAGGCCCGCCUAGGACACCUCAGACAGAGCAGUGGAAGUCUUCAAACAAGAGCCUGGUGGAGGCUCUGGGGCUGGAAGCUGAGGAUGCAGCUUCCGAGACGCAGACUUUGGCUGGCUGGAGUAAGGGGUUUGUUGGCAUGCACAGGGAAAUGCAAGUCAACCCCAUUUCAAAGCGGGUGGGCCCCGUGACUGUGGUCAGGAUGGACUCUUCAGUCCAGCCAGGCCCUUUUCGGACCCUGCUCCAGUUUCUUUAUACAGGACAACUGGAUGAAAAGGAAAAGGACUUGAUGGGCCUGGCUCAGAUUGCAGAGGUCCUAGAGAUGUUUGAUUUGAGGAUGAUGGUGGAAAACAUCAUGAACAAGGAAGCCUUCAUGAACCAGGAGAUUACAAAAGCCUUUCACGUCAGAAAAGCCAACCGAAUAAAAGAGUGUCUCAGCAAGGGGACGUUCUCAGAUGUGAUAUUUAAAUUGGACGAUGGAGCCAUCAGUGCCCACAAGCCGCUGCUGAUCUGUAGCUGUGAGUGGAUGGCAGCCAUGUUCGGGGGGUCAUUUGUGGAAAGUGCCAACAGUGAGGUGUAUCUCCCGCACAUAAACAAGAUAUCAAUGCAAGCAGUAUUGGAUUAUCUCUAUACCAAGCAGUUGUCUCCUAACUUGGACCUGGACCCGCUGGAAUUAAUUGCCUUGGCAAACAGAUUUUGCCUGCCACACUUGGUUGCACUUGCAGAACAGCAUGCUGUUCAGGAGCUGACCAAGGCCGCAAUGAGUGGCGUGGGCAUUGACGGAGAAGUGCUCUCUUACUUGGAACUGGCCCAGUUUCACAAUGCCCACCAGUUGGCCGCCUGGUGUUUGCACCACAUCUGCACCAACUACAACAGUGUUUGCUCCAAGUUCCGCAAGGAAAUCAAAUCAAAAUCUGCAGACAACCAGGAAUACUUCGAGCGGCACCGCUGGCCACCUGUGUGGUACCUGAAGGAAGAAGAUCACUAUCAGCGUGUGAAAAGGGAACGAGAGAAGGAAGAUAUUGCACUAAACAAGCAUCACUCAAGACGAAAGUGGUGCUUCUGGAAUUCAUCUCCAGCAGUGGCCUGAAAAGGAAGAGAGAGA